UGCACGCGGGCGGGCGGCGCGCGGCGCCUCGGUCUGGGGGAGAGCGGGGCGGUCUCCGCCGGCGUCGCGCGCGCUGUGUGUGAGCGGGGUCGCGCGCGCGCGCGACAAGCAAGUGAGGGAACGAGGAGCGGCCGGGUGUGAGUGUGAGUGUGUGUGUGUGUGUGUGUGGGUGGGUGGGUGUGUGUGCGAGUGCGGGUGAGGGAGAGGCCGGCCGGCCGCGAGGCUGUGAGAAAGUGGGCGAGUGUGCGAGGACGCCCGGCCUGGCCGCCGGAGCGGCGGCGGCGAAGGAGAAAGGCGGCUCCCGGCAUCUCGACCCCCUCCCCCUCCUCCGACUUCCAGCCGGCCCGGCGCGCGCGCUUCCUCGGAGGCCCCAGCCCGGCCCCGCCGCCGAGAGCGAGGGAGGAGCCGCCCGAGCCAGGUAGACUUUACAUUUUUAAGAGGAAACAAUCCACGCAAAAGAAGAACAAACAAAUCAAGAUGUGUAGCUCUGUCGCUGCCAAGUUGUGGUUUUUGACAGAUCGCCGCAUCAGGGAAGACUAUCCCCAAAAAGAAAUCUUACGAGCAUUGAAGGCCAAAUGCUGUGAGGAGGAGCUGGACUUUAGGGCUGUGGUGAUGGAUGAGGUGGUGCUGACCAUAGAGCAAGGAAACCUGGGUCUACGGAUCAAUGGAGAACUAAUCACUGCCUACCCCCAAGUGGUGGUAGUGAGAGUACCAACCCCUUGGGUGCAAAGUGAUAGUGACAUCACUGUUUUGCGCCAUCUAGAGAAGAUGGGAUGCCGGUUGAUGAAUCGACCUCAAGCCAUCCUGAACUGUGUUAAUAAGUUCUGGACGUUUCAAGAGUUGGCUGGCCAUGGCGUUCCUCUGCCAGAUACUUUCUCUUAUGGUGGCCACGAAAAUUUUGCUAAAAUGAUAGAUGAAGCAGAAGUACUGGAGUUCCCAAUGGUAGUGAAGAAUACACGGGGUCAUAGAGGCAAAGCUGUUUUCUUAGCCCGAGAUAAGCACCAUUUGGCUGAUCUAAGCCAUCUUAUUCGCCACGAAGCUCCUUACCUGUUCCAGAAGUAUGUUAAAGAGUCUCAUGGACGGGAUGUACGUGUCAUUGUUGUGGGAGGCCGUGUGGUUGGCACCAUGUUACGUUGUUCAACAGAUGGGAGGAUGCAAAGCAACUGCUCGCUAGGUGGUGUGGGGAUGAUGUGUUCAUUGAGUGAACAAGGGAAGCAGCUAGCUAUCCAGGUGUCUAAUAUCCUGGGAAUGGAUGUGUGUGGCAUUGACCUGUUGAUGAAAGAUGACGGCUCCUUCUGUGUCUGCGAGGCCAAUGCAAAUGUAGGUUUCAUCGCCUUUGAUAAGGCUUGUAAUCUAGAUGUAGCUGGUAUCAUAGCGGACUAUGCCGCCUCCCUUCUGCCCUCUGGCCGGCUCACCCGGCGUAUGUCCCUGCUCUCCGUGGUGUCCACAGCCAGUGAAACUAGUGAGCCAGAGCUGGGUGCCCCAGCCAGCACUGCUGUCGACAACAUGAGCGCAAGUUCCAGCUCUGUCGACAGUGACCCUGAAAGCACCGAGCGAGAGCUGCUCACCAAGCUCCCAGGGGGCCUAUUCAACAUGAACCAGCUGCUAGCCAAUGAGAUCAAACUCCUGGUGGAGUGAUUCCACCGGUAAUUAACCAACAAAACCCUGUAAAACUUAACUUUCCUUUUCUUUUCUUUCUUCUUCUUCUUCUUUUUUUUUUUUAACCAACUUGCAAUGCUGUUCAUGGAAGAUGCUCAGGAAGAUGAAUUAGUAGGAUUAGUUGGAGAGAAGGAGAAGAUAGAUGAGAUCUCUGCUAGUAAGGUGUUACUAACUUUCAUUUAUAAAUCCUACAGAUAGAGAGGCAGAAGAGGGUGGAAUAUAGAAAAUGUCAGGCUCUCAUAGUUACCCUUUUAAAUUACUAAAAAGUUUGUAUGCUCUCAGGCCAUGAGCAACAUAAAAAUUUUUUCAUGGUCUCUCACUUUUGUUUUUGUACCAAAAAAUUUGUUAUGAUACAAAUAUCCCAAGUAGCAUAACUUCACAUUGUAUCGCAAGAUUUGUAAGGGGUGAGGAAAACAUCUGCCUAAAUCAUACAAAUAUAUAUACAAAUCUGAAAACUCUGACAUUUCCCUAUUAACUAGCAGCUUUAGUUCAUAGUUGUUUAUGAAAUCUCAAGAGGCUCUUUUACUGAGAUUUCUGAUUUUUGUGUUUUGUCAUCUUUUUUUCCUUUAAUUUGGGUGGGGGUACAAAGUGAAUAUAAUCCAAUAAAGGCCUUUUAAUGACAAAAUUGGCAUGCUUGCAUGAUGAAAGGGAAGUGAACAGUAUUGCAAUGUCUGGUAUACAAAAUAACCUUUACUCAAUGUAGAUGAAAUUACACUAGUUUAAAAUAUGUGCAUUGACUUGUAUUUGUUAGUGUUUAGUCUUUUUUGAAAGAUAUGCUCUGUUAAUGUUGCUUUUUUUUUUUUUUAAAUACAUUCUAGUCUAACAUUCCCUGCUCUAUGCUUGCAUCUUUGCCAAAGUGAAGAAAAUGCUACCUUUUUUUGUUAACAUGACACUGACUUGAAACAUGUACAUUUAAAGCCUUUUAUUUUUUUUCUUUUGGUGGUUGGGCAUUUAAAGAAUAAGAACAAGGAAAAAUAUUUUUGGGGGUCAGAUCAAGGGCCUAAAAGUUCUUCAGUAUAAAGCUGGAGUGAUUUCUAAUGCCAGCGUUAUAUAUUUGCAUUUUUCACAUUUUACGAGGGAGUAUAUAUGUGUGUGCACGCGUGCAUGUGUAUGUGUUUUGCUUUUUGUUUACAUCAGCUAAUCAAAAAGGAUAGAUUCUAGAAAAUGGAACAUGAUGGGAAACACAGUUUUUGACUUUAAAAAGCAGAUGAGUUGUGUCAUAACUAGACUCCACUGGGGUGGAGAUAUUCACCUAAAGACAUAAGGUGAAUAUAUUCUUCUUAGACCUUUUAGUGCGUAUGUAUGUUGUUUGGUUUUUUUCCUUUGUUUCUAGACUGUUCAGUGUAUGGUUUAUUCAAGGCUACAUGCUUUUCUUUAAUGCUUUGGCUAUGCAUUUUCCUUUUUUACACAUAGGAUUUGGGAUGGGGUGGGCUGGAUAUUUUUGUCUGGGGACUUAUUUAGCAGUAUUGAGUCUCUGGUAGCCCUACUCUAAGCCUUUAAUACUGUCCACUCUUUAUAUUCCUUUACUUUCUGAAUUUAUAAUAGCCCCCAAACUGCAUAUAAUAUGAGCCUUUACAACAUGGGUAAAACUAUCCCAGUGAUGGGUUUGGAUGGUAUGUUAAGAAAUGGAGAUGCUGCAGAGCUCAACAUAAUUUUUUAAACAGCAAGUUCCAUCUCCCUACAAAUCCUCUGAAGCUUUUACCCCAGCUCUUUCUUGCCUCUCCAGUGCUAUUUUCCUUCACAUGGACCUUAAAGAUAAUUUCUUGGACACUACUAGAGAGACUUCGAGGCAAUAAUAAAAAAUCAGUAUUAACCAGCUCUAACAGAGGUUUGAUCAUGCUUACUUGUACAGUUUUUCCCCGUUUUAAAAAGGAAUGUAAUAAAAUUUGUUUUUUUCCAUAGAAUUAAAUAAUAUUAAAUGAGUGAAAGGUUGAUUGUUGACCAAUAGAAUAGUACCUCUCAUCUGUGCAGUGUCUCAUUUCACCUCAGAGGAAAAGAUAUAUAAGAGGAGUUUCUAAUUUAUCUAAUUUAUCUUCUAGUUAUUCUAAUUGCAUCUAAAAGAAUUUGACUUACACAGGGGAACUGGGGGACUCACAUUACAUAUAUUAGUACCUCUGACUCAUUAACAGAAAGAAAUACUUGGUACUUCUUUCACUGAAUGACUAUACUUUGGAGGAUCCAUACUAUUUGGAUUAGAGAAAUAAAUGAGCAAGAAAGAACUGCUUAAUUAAACCAUCAUUCAUAUGUUCGUGUAGAAACCAUCUGGUUGCCACAUAUAUUAUGAUACAUAUACUUUGAAUAGCUAUGUAUCACAUGUGUGUAAAUUAAUGCAUUUACAAACACAAAUAGAACAACCUCUUUAUUUGAUGAAAAGCCCAAGCUUGUGUUGGUGGAGUAAGGGACCAGGAAAAAUGUAGCUAACAUUUUUUUUUUUUUUUUAAAGCUUAUACCAAACCAACCAACUAUAUUAUAAGAAAUAUUUGAAAUUAGUUUACCUGUAGUUUUACUUACUAUCCAUCUUUUGUGCAUUCACAGUAUAUUAAAACAUAGCUUUACCAACCUAUUUCUGGAUUGUACACUUACAUGUUAGAAUGAAAAGGGCAGGAAUGGUCAUUGUAGAUUUAAAAACAUGGAUAUGUCCUUGACUCCCCCAAAAAUUAAGAUAAAGAAUAAGAACAAAUCAUUCUGGAAGAACCCAAAAGAAACAUCAGAUAUUUAAAUGAAAGUUAGAUUUAUUUUCAUAAUUGUUUAAUAACUUUUGUAUAAUCUUCAUUGCUAUUAUGAGAGGUAAAAAUGUAUUUAUCAAAUAUGUAUAAUUAUCAUGGCAAAAUCUGAAUUGUAAAAUUUUUGUAUAUUGUUAAAAUUGUAAUUCUAAAUUGUAUUUUAAAAAUAAUUAUUUCUGAUAUUGUUUUCCUGUCACCCAUGAUGAAAACGGGACUUUAUAUAUCUUUCUCUCUAAACAUAUAUAAGUAUGAACUAUUUAAAAUUUUUAAUAGUUUUUCUUUUUUGGUGCCUAUAAUUGAUUGGUCAUUUCUGCUGACUUUUCUCCAAUGAACUUUGAAAUCUUUCUGUAUAUGCUAUCAAUAAGAAAACUACCCUGGAACAUUAGAAAAAUUCAACAAGAGACUUGCUUUCGUCAAGCACGUUAUCACGUUAUCAGACUUCGAGAAGAUAUCGAAGGCAUUGACUUUCAGAAUCAUCUCUUCUUUUUCUCAAGAAGAAAGCAGUGGAGAAACAAAUUCUCUUCAUUCAGUGAAUCCCCAGUUUGGGGAUUGGGGGGCUUAGAGACAUUGUGAAGUCAAAUCUUGUGUUAUAUUUUUCUCCUGGCUCAUUUUUUUUGAGAAGGUUUAUGGGCUAUUUGGCUGGUGAGACACGAUCCCCUCCUAAGAAAAUGUAGGUGCUCAGACAGGUAACCUCUGCUGCUACUGUUUUUAUUUGUUUGUUUGUUUAAUUUCAUUUAAGAUUUGUUUUUGUUGUACUAGGAUUUUUAAAAAUGUAAUAUAUUGCAGGAUUUAUAACCAGGUUCACUGCUUUCUUUCUUUCUUUUUUUUUCCCCCUUAAAAAAAAAACAAAGCAAAGUUUCAUUUAAAAUAGAUUUAGGCACCUUUGAAGCUUGGAUUUUGGAAUGUUUCAGUAGUGGACAGAAAUCUGCUGUUGGAAUCUUCUAGUCUUCCAGGUUUAAUUUGAAAUGUUUUUAGUUUUGUUUUGGAUUUUUGUGUGGUAUUUUAUUUCCUUUGUACCAAUGCCCUUUUGCCAUGCUGUUUUGGGGUGGCUACCUAACUCUAGCAAAAAUUCUUUCUAUAUUAACGAAAGUUUGGCCUUUUAAAUUCCUUAAUGUUUUGCAUUUUUACAUUGUUUUUGAAGAAAUAUUCUAACUGCUUGCACUGUUACUGUUCUUUACCAGCCUUUUCAGGAGCCAAAAAAACAAAUACAAACAAACAAAAAAAUACCCAGAGAAAAAACUUUCCUUCUUCCCCCUUCCUGAUGAUGAGUGAGAAGUAUUGAGAACUUUCCGGGGUCAGUGCCCUUCUAAACUCCCCCUCCCCCAAUAAUGCAGCUGUAUAAUGAAUGGUAAAUGCAGCGGUUUGGAUUCAGGCACAGCCCCAGCCUGCUGGCAGGUGGCGUAUGUGUUCGUGUUUUAAUGUAUUCAGAGCCAUUGGGCAAUAAGCAGUCCAGAACAUUGAAAACUCAAGCAGCAGAGAAUUAAACUGGUAGGUGGCAGUAGAGGAAGGAAUUCUUCAGAUUGAUGGCUACUGACUUAAAAUCUACAUAGGAGAAGAGAGCAUGACAUACCAAGUGAAGCAAGGUGGGCAAAAAAUGGAAGCAGGACUAAGAUUCCUGGAUUUUAACUCUGAACAGUUCUUUUGAAGUAACCAGUGAUCUUCUUUGUUUACCUUAUUAACAGAAUGGAUGAAGACAGAAUUGACACUGCUUUUUCGAGUGGAAAAUAAAAACGCACAGAACAAAGAAGCAGUAGCUCUAACCUGUUUGAUUCUGUGUGUUUUCUAAAAUAAAAACACCAUGAACUGGAAAUAAAA